AGCACUUGUGAAUUUGAAUACAGAUGACAAAAGAUCACCUAGUGGGAAUCCCUGGCUUUAUCGCAGCUUUAGAACCAAGUCGAAAGCGUAUAUAAGUCAGCUAUAACUUUGUAAAUCAAUCAGUCAAUAAACUAAACCCAACAUGAAGCUAGUACUUUUCGCUGCUGCAUUGAUCCUGCUCACAUGCCUGGCACAGGCACAGCCUGCAUACUUGGAACGUCCAGAGGAACGAAACUCGAACUCCAAGGAUACGCUACAAGAUAUGAUUCAACGUCAGACAGUCCUUUACCGACAGAAACGUGCCACCUGCGAUCUGCUCAGCUACUUAAAUGUGAAUCAUUCGGCUUGUGCAGCUCAUUGCAUUGCAAUUGGCUUUAAGGGUGGUUAUUGCAAUGAUCGAGCUGUUUGUAAUUGCCGUUAG